GUCUCUGUAAAGCUCACAGGUUUCUCCUGGCAAAUGUCCAACUUUAAUGUUUAAAGGUGAGGUAACUUGGUCUCGAACCUGCAGCCUCAGGAUUAUGAGACAGCAGCACCGACCACUGUGCCACCAUGUAAUGAGAAUAAAGCUGUAUUUGAUCAGUGGGAAUAUCUCCUGAGAAAAUGUUGUUUAUCAUCUAUUUUUCCCUCGUCUUCGUCUAAAAGCUGUAAUUUUCCUGCCACGGUUCUGUUUUCUGAUCCUCCCUCUCUCCUGUGUCUCUCACAGAUCCAGACAUGGACCAGGUCUUGUUUCUCCUCGUCCUCUGCUGUCUUCCGUCCCUCGUCGUGCCCAUCCAUAAUUCAUCAUCUGGAGGCUGCAGCAUCAUCCGGCCUCCGAGGGACGGGGGGAUCCGCUACAGAGGGCUCACACAAGAAGAGAUCCGCAGCGUGCAGAACCUGCCGGUGGAUUAUGAGAUCGAAUACAUCUGCAGAGGGCACCGGGUCAUCGUGGGCCCAAAGGUCAGGAAGUGUCUCUCUGACGGGACGUGGACGGACAUGAGGCAGGAGAGCAGAUGCUUGCUGCUGUGCCCGCGGGUCUGGACGUCUCUGGAGAACGGCCGGGUGACGGCGAGGCCUCUGGGCCCGCCGGUGGAAGGGACGGUCCUCCAUUACACCUGCAACGCCGGCUUCAUCCUGGAGGGCCGGAACAUCAGCCACUGCACCAAGCUGGGGAAGUGGGACGCUCCCAAGCCCACCUGCCUCU